ACUGGGGACGCGCAACGACGGUUAUAUCACCGGCUUCUCUCUCUCUCUCUCUCUCUCUCCACAUCUUUCUCGCUCUAUAACCCACCUUCCUCUAGACGCCUCACACCAUGAAAAUCCUGCAAAAAUUCACAAACACAAUCCUCAAGCUCGAACCCUCUUCCACUGGGCUCCCAUUCGGGCCCUUCAACUCCACAACCCAACGGAGGUGGAAGAAGAGACCAGUUUCCACGGCACAAACCCGCUUAGAAUCCCAAAGAACCAGAGACUCAAAACUCGACAAACUCACGAGUCGACUCAACCAACUCGCCCGGUCCCUAACCUUCCACCGGCUCAUCUCCGCCCGGAAGCGCAGCCCCUUCGUCUCCCUCCACCUCAUUUCCCGCUGGAAAAACGUCGUCGGCCUCAACGUCUCCACCACCGUUUUCUUACGGAAAUACCCCCACGUUUUCGAGGUAUUUACUCACCCCCUCAGAAGAAUUGCUUGUUGUAGAAUCGGUAGGAAAAUGAGGGAUUUAAUCCAAGAAGAAGAGGAUAGUAUUAGGGAAUUGGAAUUGGAAAAUGUUCUUAGGAUAAAGAAGCUUUUAAUGAUGUCUGUAAAUGGGACAAUUCAUAUACAUGGGUUGAGACUUGCUAGGAGGGAAUUGGGAUUGCCUAAAGAUUUUCGCGAAUCGAUUUUGCAAAAGUAUAGUAACGAAUUUAGGUUGGUUGAUUUAGAGAUUGUGGGUAUGGUUGAUAGAGGGGAGGUGGGUGUGGCUGAGGUGUGCGCAAGCUGCUGGCCCGGACAGCCUGAGUUAUCAGAGAUGGGUAUGGGUGAGGUCCGCGUAAGCUGGCCCGGACAGCCUGGGUUAUCAGAAAUGGGUGUGGCAGAGGUUGAGAAGUGGAGGGAGAGAGAGUUUAGAGAGAAAUGGUUGAGUGAGUUUGAGACUAAGUAUGCGUUCCCAAUUAGUCUCCCGACGGGGUUCAAGAUUGAGGCGGGGUAUAGGGAGAGGUUGAGGAAUUGGCAAAGGCUUCCUUAUGUGAAACCUUACGAGAGAAAAGAGGUGGUCAGGGUUCGCACUUGCGGAGGGGCUGAACGGUUUGAGAAGCGAGCUGUUGGGAUUCUUCAUGAGUUUUUGUGCUUGACGGUAGAGAAAAUGGUUGGGGUUGAACGAUUAGUCCACUUCCGGAAGGAUUUGGGUAUUGAAGUUAAUUUGCGCGAGGCUAUAUUGAAGCACGCGGGGAUUUUCUAUCUGAGUACAAAAGGAAGUGCACAAACUGUUUUUCUUAGAGAAGCGUAUAGUAAAGGGUGUUUGAUUGUGCCGAACCAAAUUUAUGCUGUUCGGAGGAAAAUGUUGGACCUUAUUUUGACGGGUCGUCGAAAUACUAGAGAACUGCGAUUGCAAACAGAAGUCAACGAUGAGAGUCGUAGUGUUGCGCACAAUGUGAAUGAAGGGGAGACGAGGGAUGGUGACUGGGUUAUUUCACUUCUGGACAAUUUUAAGGAUCAAAGUAACGCAGAUAAGCUCAGUGAGAUAUAACCUUCAAGGAAAUCUGCUUUUCAGAGAACAAAAGUAAGAACGCAACCUACAUCUAGACGUCAACAUUCUCAGUAUUGGACUGAACACAUGGUCCUUGCAAGAAGAGAAAAUUAAUGGUGGUUUCAAGGAACCGACUCUCGAAUUUAUCAUGCAGUAGGAUAAAUUAACCAAAUACGAUCAAAAGAUAUUGAUGCGCUUGUUUAACAUUUCAUGUAAACUAUGAAUCCUGCAUUGAUACUUUAUAACAUUAAACAACUACGGCCAACUUUCUUUUCCUGUGCCAAAUGAUGCAUCAUGGGUAGUAAGGAAACUUCUCAAGUUAAGGGAUAUUUGCCAAGGCUGGAUCAGGUAUUGCAUUGGGGAUGGAGAAGAUACAUUUUUUUGGACUGACAAUUGGCACCCCCUUGGUGCAUUGUACAAGCAGUUUGGUGAUUCCAUUGUUCCAAAUAGGAGCAGGGCUUUGCGGGCUAAGGUAUCUUCCAUCAUUGUACAGGGGAGUUGGCGUUGUCCAAGACAGAGGAGUCAAGUUAUGAUGGAGGUUAUGGGUCAGACUCCUGCAAAUUUUCUUCCAAAUUCAUUGACUAAGGAUAAAGUAAUAUGGACUCUUUCUCUAGAUCGUUGUUACUCUGUCAAAACAGCAUGGGAGGCAUGCAGGCAUAUGUAUUCUUUUAAACACUGGCUUUCGUUUGUAUGGUUUAGCCAAAAUGUGCCACGGUAGAGCUUUAUUCUUUGGCUUGCAAUCUUGGAGCUGUCUUUCCACCAAGGAUAGAAUAGCCAACUGAGGGAUACCCAUUAAUCCAGUUUGUGUCUUGUGUAUAGUCUCAUGCCCAUUUGUUUUUUGAUUGCCAAUUUUCUGUGAUGAUCUGGAGCCGUGUUCUGCAUAAAAAUGACAUAUUCAGAGCGCCUCCUCCUUUGAAUCAGGAGCUUGUGUGGGCUGGUGCUCAAAGGAAAGGUAAAAGUUUUUGAAGUACUAUAUACAAGUUAUCUUUGGCAGCAACUACUUACUUCCUGUGCAGUGAGCGUAACAUGAGGAUAUUUCAGAACAAGAGCAGGGAUGUAGAUGCCUAGCUGCUGCGAUUUUUUAUGCGAUUAGAGCCAAGCUUUGUUCUUUUAAUUCUGUAAAGUUUUCUAGCCUUAAUAGGAUAAUAUGUGAUGCCUGGUUACUUGAUACUAGAAUUUUUAGGAUCAAUUAUGGCUGAGAGGCUCCUGUAUGGUCUUGUUGUUCCUUGUAUUGUUGUUCAGGAGCCUCUUAGCAUUAGUUCAGAUUAUUGUUCUUAAUGAUUUCAAGCUACAUGGUCUGCUUUCAUUGUA